AUGGCGGGCAUGGGCGAUGGAUACGUGGGCACGGCGGCGGACGCGGUGCGGAUUCGGCGGCUGGAGAAGCAGCGGGAGGAGGAGCAGGCGAAGAUGGAGGAGCUGCGCAAGAAGUCGUCGCAGGGCCUGCAGGGGCUGCUGCAGUUCGGCACCGCCACCUCCGAGACGCUAGAGACGGCGUUCAAGAAGCAGACGGUGGGGCUCGUCACGCGCAAGCAGUUCGUUGAGAAGAGGGCGACGCUGCGCAGCAAGAUGGAGGAGGAGGAGCGAGAGGCCAAGCAGCGACAGGCAGAUGACGAGGAGGAGAAGCAGAUGGAGAAGCGGCGGAGGCGGCGAGCAGCAGCGCCCACGGCCAAGCUCUCGUUCCUGGAUGACCUGCAAGACGAGGAGGAGGAGGAGGAGGAGGAGGAGGGCGAGGAUGGGGAUGGGGAGAAGGAGAACGGGGGGGAGCAAGAGGCGAGAGGGAACGGGGCGAGCAGGGGUGGCGGGGGGUCAGCAGCGGGGGAGGUGCGGAAGAAGGCGAGGAUGAGCAAGUUCGGCAAGAACCCUUUCGUGGAGACCAGCUUUUUGCCCGACAGGGACCGAGAGGCGCAGGAGACAGCAGAGAGGGAGCGACUGGCCAAGCAGUGGAUGGCGGAGCAGGAGCGGAUAAAGAACGAGCCGUUGGAGAUCACGUACAGUUUCUGGGAUGGAGCGGGGCAUAGGCGAGUCAUUAAGGUGCGCAAGGGCGACAGCAUAGCGGACUUCCUGCGAGCCGUGCAGCAGCAGCUGGCGCCCGACUUCAGGGAGGUGCGGUCGGCAUCGGUGGAGGGGCUCGUGUACAUCAAGGAAGAUCUCAUCAUCCCGCACCAAUACACCUUCUACGAGCUUAUUGUGAACAAGGCGCGCGGGAAGAGUGGUCCGUGGGAGCAGGCAGUGCAGUGCUACCGCUGUCGUGCACAGGCAGGGUGGUGGUGCACAGGCAGGGUGGUGGUGCACAGGCAGAGUGGUGGUGCUCUGCACCUGCUACUCCGCUACCCUCUGCCUCUUGCACACCUCUCAUGUUGUCGGCCCCUUAUCGUCUUUCUGAAGCCCUUGCUGUCUUUCUGA